AACUUUGAGGAUAUAGAGGGCUGGGAGGGGAAAGAAAGCGUUACGUAAAAAAAAACAUAUACACAUAGAGUAAAAUACAAAUCUGCACCUUCAACCUUUGGCUCGCCGUCCAACCCUCACGUGCGCGGCUGCUCCAGAUUCUGCUCGCGCACUGUGUGCUGACCGGAGCGCGCUCGCUCUCUCACAACCGCGAGUGCUCUGCUGAGAACCGACCGAGCCCGGUGCGAACCGACAGCCUUUGACCAGAGAGGAUGGCUGAUAGGGAGCAACUGAUCCAAAGAGCCCGUCUGUCGGAGCAGGCGGAGCGCUACGAUGAUAUGGCCUCCGCGAUGAAGCUGGUCACAGAGCUGAACGAGCCGUUGUCCAAUGAAGACCGCAACCUGCUCUCUGUGGCCUACAAGAACGUGGUUGGGGCCCGGCGAUCAUCUUGGCGUGUCGUGUCCAGCAUAGAGCAGAAGACAGCGGCGGAUGGCAACGAGAAGAAGCUGGAGCUGGUGCGUGUCUACCGAGAGACCAUCGAGAAGGAGCUGGAGUCAGUGUGCCAAGACGUUCUCACCCUGCUGGACCAGUACCUCAUCAAAAACUGUGACGAAACCCAGGUGGAGAGCAAGGUCUUCUACCUGAAGAUGAAGGGCGACUACUUCCGGUACCUGGCCGAGGUGGCCACCGGCGAAAAGAGGGCCUCUGCCGUCGAAUCGUCCGAAGGUGCCUACAAAGAGGCUUUCGAUAUUAGCAAGAGCAUGCCGGCCACCCAUCCCAUCCGCCUCGGCUUGGCACUCAACUUCUCCGUCUUCUACUACGAGAUCCAAAACGCGCCCGAGCAGGCCUGCCAGCUUGCCAAGGAAGCCUUUGAUGACGCCAUCGGCCACCUGGACAAUCUGAACGAGGACUCCUAUAAGGACUCCACGCUCAUCAUGCAGCUCCUGCGGGACAACCUCACCCUGUGGACCAGCGACCAGCAGGACAGCGAAGCAGGAGACGCCAAUAACUGAGAGAUCGGCCACUUCUAGCUGUCGUAGCACCCGUCCGUCUUCUUUGAAGCUGUAUCUUAUUUCUCUCUGUCUGCUCCUUGAUCUUCAUUCUCUCUUUCUUCUGCAUUCCAUCUUUCCUGUCUCUUUGAGACACCUUAGUGCUCUUUUUUUGGUUCCUCAGGGCAGCUCUUCAGACCCUCACCUCUUUUUAUCCCUUUUCCACCAACAGGAAGCCGUUAACCAAACAGGAACCGCUCCACCGCAGAAAAGGCAGUUCUGAGAUGGAAAAAUGGCGUUGGGCUCUAAAACCUACUUGAUUCGAACCUAAAUAAUGCCCCUUCCAUUAUUAUAUGUAAAGCAUUCAGAAGACACAUGUUGUCAUUUUAUUCCUUAUGCAUCACUUGUGAUGUGCUUUGUACGUCAAAAUGCAUUGCAUAAUUCAUAAGCAAAAAUAAACAGAAAUAAAUUAUUUACAAAUAUCAUACAUGAAAAUG